AUGGGGAGAUAUACUGCGUUUAUGAAGGCUGCACUGUUAUCUCGCACGGCUCGUCCAGGUAUUCAGAUACGUCGUGCGUACCACGAUGAGUCGUACGGUUACCGUGAAUCUCGCAAAUUCUCUCUUCCGGACUACAGCGCGGUUCAGCUGAAGAAUCGCAGAGUCAACGCGCCACUCUUGCGGUAUGUCGACUCCUUACGCACUCACGGCCAUCGCGCUGCUAGCAUCGACCCCCUGGACAUCCUGCAACGUGAAGAAGUCGCCGCGCUUAAUCCGACUCGCUAUGGUCUCAUUGACAACGACAAGAAGUACGACGUGAACGGCAUUGUGUGGUCAAAACCCGUUGGAGAGGAAGGAGACAUGCAGGAAGAAUGGAAGCUGAAGGACAUCACGCGGCAUCUUCGCUCCAUAUACGUCGGACGCAUCGCGUACGAAUACAUGCACUCCCCGUCGAAGACGGAGCGCUUGUGGUUCUCACACAUGCUAGAAUCCCAACUGCCUGGGCAAACGAAUAUCAGUGCGGACGCGAAAAUGCGGAUACAUUCACUGCUUGCGAAAAGCGAGAUCUUCGACCAGUUCUUACAGCUUAAGUUCCCGAACCUUAAGCGGUACGGGUUGGAAGGCGGGGAAUCGAUGCUGCCCGCACUGGACGCACUGUUUGGCGCUGCUGCAAGAUCCGGGGUCGAAAAUAUCGUGCUGUCAAUGCCCCACCGCGGCCGACUUAACUUGCUCACUGGUUUACUUGAAUUUUCCCCUGCUGCGCUCUUCCACAAAAUUAAAGGUGGAUCUGAGAUACCCGAAGAGCUUGGUGCGUCUGGGGACGUCAUCAGUCAUCUUGUUGCUUCCCCAAGCUUGCGUUAUGAUGGUUCUGAAAAGCCGGUCAAGGUCUCUCUCCUCCCAAAUCCGUCACAUCUGGAGGCCAUCAACCCUGUUACCCUCGGAAAGACACGGGCAAAGCAGUUUGCACUCCUGAAAGAGAUGUUGCGGGAUGGAACACCGGCCGCUGAGUGCAAGCCUGGGGACAAGGUGCUCUGCGUACAACUGCACGGCGAUGCGAGUUUCACGGGACAGGGUAUUAUCAUGGAAGGUCUCGGACUUAGUAAUCUACCGCAUUAUACGGUCGGAGGCACUGUACACAUCGUUGUGAAUAACAGCAUCGGGUACACCACCCCAGCAUCGUCGGCUCGGUCGUCCCUCUACUGCUCGGACAUAGCGAAAAUGAUCAAUGCGCCCAUUCUUCACGUCAACGGCGACUAUCCUGAAGAUGUAGCGCGGGCUGUGGAGACUGCUUUCAAAUAUCGGAACUACGUCCGUAAGGACAUUGUCGUGGAUCUCAUCGUGUAUCGCCGCUGGGGACACAACGAGCUCGACGAGCCCGCAUUCACUCAACCGCUGAUGUACGAGAAGAUCCGUUCACGCAGGUCGGUGCCUGCUCUAUACGAGGACCAUCUCAUCAGCGAUACGGUACUGAAGCCCGAAGACGCCGCGUCCGUGCGCGACUCGUAUAAGUCGUUCCUCACGUCGGAACUCACCGCCGCGGACGCAUACAAGCUCGCGCUGAGCAUCCCGAUGCUUCAGGGCCACUGGAGCGGACUCGUGUGGCCGGCAAGCACAGACGUUGUACGUGACCUAGAGACGGGGGUCUCGCGGGACACCCUUCUGCACGUUGGACGUGCUAGUGUUGCGACGCCGGAGGGAUUUGAAAUCCACCCACGCUUGCAGCGCCAUGUGAAGCACCGACUGCAGUCUCUCGAGGCUGGACAGGGUUUGGAUUGGGCUACCGCGGAGGCGAUGGCGUUCGGCUCCCUCAUGCUCGAAGGCUGUGACGUGCGGAUAUCUGGGCAAGAUGUGGGCCGUGGGACGUUUAGCCAGCGGCACGCCAUGCUCGUCGACCAGAAGACGGAGGGCGUCAUUGUACCUCUCAAUGCUGCAUUGGACUGUCCGGGCAGGCUCGAGCUUGCGAAUAGCUCACUGAGCGAGAUGGCGGUUCUUGGUUUCGAGUACGGUGUCAGCUGGGAGACGGCGAAUAUUCUGCCUAUAUGGGAAGCUCAGUUUGGCGACUUCUUCAAUGGUGCCCAGGUCAUCAUCGAUACCUUCAUUUCGUCCGCUGAGACGAAGUGGCUGAAGCAGAGCGGUAUCGUGCUUUUGCUCCCGCAUGGACUUGAUGGUGCUGGACCGGAACAUUCGUCGUCUCGAAUUGAACGAAUGCUUCAGUUGACCAACGACCCCUACACGUACAAUGAGGAAGGCUCUUCCAGCAAUGUCAACAUGCACGUUGUCUUUCCGACCACCCCCGCGCAGUAUUUCCACCUCUUACGGCGGCAGAUGCUGCGCAAUUACCGGAAACCGCUAAUCGUAGCUGGUCCUAAGGCAUUGCUUCGACUUCCUUCCGCUUCGUCCUCGUUAGCCGAUCUCGAGCCUGGAACCCAAUUUCGUCCCGUGCUGGACGACCUCGCUGCACCUAAGGAACAUGUCCAGCGCGUGAUCUGCGUCUCGGGAAAGCUGUACUACGACCUGGUUAAAGAGCGCCAGAAGCGCGGCCUGGAGAACGUCGCAUUCGUCCGCGUUGAGGAGCUCUGCCCGUUCCCCUUUACUGAGCUCGAGCACGUCCUGGAACGUUACCCGAGCGCGGUGGAGGUCAUCUGGCUACAGGAGGAACCGCGAAAUCAGGGUGCAUGGACGCAUGCUGGAUGCAGGGUUGAUGCCGUGUUGGAGAAGCUGGGACGUGGUCGGGUGUCAUACAGAGGAAGGAGGGAAGACGCCGUCCCUGCGCCGGGCAUAGCGAAGUUGUUUGCUACGCAGCAAAAAGCCGUCAUCGACGCCGCGUUCCAGGGUUUGCGGUGA